AAAAAAAACUCAAAAAAAAAAAAUAAGCAGCAGCAGCAGCAGCAGCUGUAACAUGAUAAUAUUAAGAGAGAUUUCUCUGCCAGAUAUGGAGAAAGACAGAGAUGGAUGUAGCACUCUUGAUCCCCGACCACAUCCGCUUAGAAAGGCUGGUCCUCACACAGGGUCCAAGAACACGGUGUUAGACGAAGCAGCUUGUGCUCCGGUCCUGAAGCCUCAGUCUUGGCUCUCAUCCAACUUUCAUUUUCAUAAAGACAAAAAUCGAAACUGUAACUCAGCUGGGUGUUAGUCAGAGAAGGUGUGUCCCUGCUAGGUGACAGGCCGACCUGCUCCUCUAUAAAGGGAGGCUCAGGCUACAGGGCUGCCACUGGCCGGCACACACAUGGGGCUGCUCCUGCCCUCCAUGCUAGCAGGGAUGCUGCUGAGCGUGCUUGGGCAGCCUCUGUGCUCCCUGUGGUGCAAACUGCUCCUGCUGCUCUGCUGGCUAAGGGAGGCUCUCUGGUCCCCAAGCAUUGAGUCCACAGGGCCACGGCAGGACAAGGAAGAGCCCAACAAGACCCCCGAGGGAGAGGAAGGGGGCAGCCUCCUGCCCACCAUCCCCGUCAGUGUCAACUACCACUUCACCCGUCAGUGCAACUACAAGUGUGGCUUCUGCUUCCACACGGCCAAGACGUCCUUCGUGCUGCCCCUGGAGGAGGCCAAGAGAGGGCUGCUCUUGCUGAAGGAGGCUGGUAUGGAGAAGAUAAACUUCUCUGGUGGAGAACCCUUUCUGCAGGACCGCGGAGAAUACCUGGGCCAGCUGGUGAAGUUCUGCAAAGCCGAGCUGAGUCUGCCCAGCGUGAGCAUCGUGAGCAACGGCAGCCUGAUCCGGGAGAGGUGGUUCCAGAAUUACGGUGACUAUCUGGACAUCCUUGCCAUCUCCUGCGACAGCUUCGAUGAGGAAGUCAAUGUCCUUAUCGGCCGUGGCCAGGGAAAGAAGAACCACGUGGAAAAUCUCCAGAAGCUGAGGACGUGGUGUAGGGAUUACAGAGUGGCCUUCAAGAUAAAUUCUGUCAUUAAUCGAUUCAACGUGGAGGAGGACAUGAACGAGCAGAUCAGAGCGCUCAACCCUGUCCGCUGGAAGGUCUUCCAAUGUCUCAUCAUUGAGGGAGAGAAUUCUGGAGAAGACGCUCUACGAGAAGCAGAAAGAUUUGUCAUCAGCGAUGCAGAAUUUGAAGGGUUCUUAGCACGCCACAGAGGAGUCCCCUGCUUGGUGCCCGAAUCUAACCAGAAGAUGAAAGACUCCUACCUUAUUCUGGACGAAUAUAUGCGCUUUCUGAACUGUCAGAAUGGGCGGAAGGACCCUUCCAGGUCCAUCCUGGAUGUCGGAGUGGAAGAAGCUAUCAAGUUCAGCGGCUUUGACGAAAAGAUGUUUCUAAAGCGGGGAGGGAAGUACGUGUGGAGCAAGGCGGACCUGAAGCUGGACUGGUAAAGCGAGAUAAGGAACAAGACUCGUGCCCCCGCGAAAGGCUCCCAGUGGCAGUCAGCGGCCGGUGCUGCAGGAUCAGAAUUCCAACAGCUGGAAGCCCGCCUUCCCACAUCCGGUCUAUGGUGGCCACUGAGCACUUCAACAACUAGAGACCCAUCAAUAAUACAGACCCGCUAGCUUAA